AUGGUUUCAGAAUACAGAAAGAAGAAGUAUUUAGAUAUUUUCGGAUAUUAUGAUACUGAUAACAAUGGAAAGAUCGAGAAGAAAGAUUUUGAGACAACAGCGGCGAUGUUAGCUAAGUCGCCGGACGGUAAGAUCGAUGAAGCGAAGCACAAGGAGUAUCUCAACACGCUCCUAGCCAUCUGGAGCGGCUUGCAGCAGGCUGACACCAACAAGGAUGGACAUGUGUCUGCCGAAGAAUGGGUAGCUCAAUGGGACGCUUACGCCAAAAAUCCUGCUUCCCCGUACGAGUGGCAGAAAAUCUACUGCAAGUUUUCCUUCGACAUCCUCGACGCCGGAAACGAUGGUAGCAUCGACAGUGAUGAGUUCGUAAAGGCGUAUGAAGCUUGGGGAUUCAAGAAAGAGGACGCUGCCAAGACUUUUGGUAAAUUGUCUCAAGGCAAAUCAUCAUUGUCAUGGACAGAGUACCAGAAGCUGUGGCAAGAGUACUUCACCACUGAGGAUACCAACGCAGUCGGAAACCUGCUGUUUUCAUCUCCCUCGCCUUGA